CCUCCGGCAUCAUCAUCACUAUCAUCGUCUGCUUCCCAGCUGCAGCGGAAUAAGCGGCGGUGGCGGCUGCUUUGUCGUGAAAUGACCAUUCAUAAUUUGUACAUAUUCAGCCGCAAUGGGGCCUUCCUCUACUACGACGAGUGGAAGAGGAGCAAGAACUCGGGCAUGUCGAGGGAAGAGGAGGCGAAACUGAUGUACGGAAUGAUAUACUCCCUCAAGUCUUUCGUGGCCAAGAUUGCCCCAACGGACUGCAACGACGGCUUCCUGAACUUCAAAACGAACAAGUACAGGCUGAACUUUUACGAGACGCCGUCGGGCCUCAAGUUCAUCAUGAACACGGACACCAAUGCCAGCAACGUGCGAGAGCUUUUGCACGACAUCUACCAUCAGGUCUACGUGGAGUAUGUUGUCAAGAACCCUGAGUGCCAGCUAGGCAAGCCCAUCACGAGUGAACUUUUCAAGGAACAGCUGAAUGCUUUCAUUCUCAAAUCGCCACUGUACAAGUGAAAACAUGCAUUUUAUUCACACAA